AUGGGUGUAUUCGAUAUCGUUCCAGCAGGUGUGUUGACCGGUGACAAUGUUAUGAAAUUAUUUUCAUACGCAAAAGAACAUCACUUUGCUAUCCCAGCCAUUAAUGUGACGUCUUCAUCAGCUAUUAACUCAGUACUUGAAGCCGCUCGUGAUUCAAAAUCACCUGUUAUCAUACAGAUUUCACAAGGUGGAGCUCAAUUCUUCGGUGGCAAAGGUCUGAACAAUGAUGGUCAAGCAGCAAGUAUUUUAGGAGCUGUUGCUGGAGCGCAUCAUGUACGCACUGUGGCAAAAAGUUAUGGAGUGCCUGUUGUUCUUCAUAGCGAUCAUUGUGCCAAGAAAUUAGAACCAUGGUUUGUUGGAAUGCUCGAAGCUGAUGAAGCCUAUUUUAAACAACAUGGUGAACCACUUUUUAGUUCUCAUAUGCUUGAUUUCUCAGAAGAAAGUAAAGAACAUAAUAUAGCUGCAUGCAAGAAAUAUCUUACACGUAUGGCUCCAAUGAAAUUAUGGUUAGAAAUGGAAAUAGGCAUUACUGGAGGCGAAGAAGAUGGUGUGGAUAAUACAGGAGUUGAUAAUGCAUCACUUUAUACACAACCCGAAGAUAUAUGGGAUAUCUAUCGAGAACUCUCAGCUGUUGCUCCUCACUUUUCAAUCGCUGCUGCUUUUGGUAAUGUACAUGGUGUCUAUAAACCCGGCAAUGUUCGACUUCAUCCAGAAUUACUUGCUAAACAUCAAGCUUAUGUUAAAGAAAAAUUAAAUACAGUUGACAAUCAUCCAGUAUUUCUUGUUUUUCAUGGUGGUUCGGGUUCAACCAAAGAUGAAAUAAAAACAGCUGUGCAGAAUGGUGUAGUUAAAAUGAAUAUCGAUACCGAUACACAAUAUGCUUAUUGGGAAGGUGUGCUCAAAUACUACAAGAAAAACGAAAGUCGACUUCAAGGUGUACUCGAUGCUGAAGAGAAACCAAACAAGAAAUAUUAUGAUCCUCGUGUUUGGCUUCGUGAAUCGGAAUUAUCAAUGAAGAAACGUGUCCAGGAAGCAUUUAAUGACUUGGGCGGCGCAAAUUCAUUAUGA